CCCGCCCCCGGAGGGUCCCGCCGGUCUCCGGGUCGGUGCCGGUAAGAGCAGCCCCGAUCCCCGCCUUCUCUCCCCGCUCCAGGUUGUCCGCCGCCAUGGCGUCCAGCGGGGAGGAACCGAGCAGCGGCUCCCCGGGCCGGGCGGGCACCGGCAGCGAGGCGGCGGACGCGGCUCAGCUGGACACGGCGGAGGAUUUCGAGGUGCUGGAAGAGGAAGGGGAGGAAGAUGAGGAUGACCUGAGCGAGCUGCCGCCGCUGGAGGACGUGGGCCGGCCGCCGGCGCCGCCGCGGGAGGACGCGCAGCCCCCGGUGCAGGGCGCGGGGGACGCGGCCGGGGACCCCGAGGAGUGGCUCGAUGUUCUGGGGAAUGGUUUGCUCAAGAAGAAGACGCUGGUGCCGGGCCAGGGUGUGGAGAGUCGUCCCCAGAAGGGCCAGGAUGUGACAAUCCGCCUGAAGGCCAUGCUGGAGGAUGGCACCGUGGUGGAACAGGACCCGGCCCUCACCUUCACGCUGGGGGACUGUGAUGUCCUGCAGGCUCUGGACCUGUGUGUGCAGCUCCUGGAGAUGGCUGAGACGGCUCUGAUCGUGUCAGACGCCAAGUACUGCUACGGAGCCCAGGGCAGCGUGUCCUAUCUCGAGUGCAAAGAUCCCCAUCACCAGGGAUUUCUGAGCUUGGAUUUCACGGCGCCGAACCCUCAGAGCAGCACCUGAGGGGUGGCAAUGGUGGCGUGGCUUU